AUGCGAUUCUCCCCGGCGCUGGCAGCCCUGCUGGGCGCCACUCUCGCCGAAGCUCAGUUCCUCAUCAGCGAGCUCAGUUUUGGAUAUGCGGGGCGAAUAAGCCCUGCGGACAAUCCAGGCCACAUCCCCGGCUUCGUCGUCUCCGGCCAGCCCAGCCUGCCCGAGAUCCUGUCCAGCAAGGUCAUCCUGACGCCCGUUGCGCCGGGCAAUGCGCGAGGCGCCAUCUGGAGCGAGGAGCCGCUGCGGCACGCCAACUGGAUCGUCGACGUCGACUUCCGCGCCAGCGGGCCCGACAGGGCGGGCGGCAACCUCAACAUCUGGCUGGCGCGCGACGGCAAGAACCUAGGCACCAAGAGCGUCUACAACGCGGGCCGCUUCGAGGGGCUGGUGCUGGUCAUCGACUCGCACGGCGGCCAGGGCGGCAUGCUGCGCGGCUUCCUCAACGACGGGUCGACGGACUACUCGCAGCACCACAACGUCGACAAGCUGGCCUUUGGCCACUGCCAGUACAGCUACCGCAACCUAGGCCGGCCGUCGCAGGUCAAGAUGCGCCAGACGGCCGACAGCUUCCGCGUCCAGAUCGACGGCAAGACGUGCUUCGAGACCAGCCGCGUCAGCCUGCCGACGGGCUACCACGUGGGCAUCAGCGCCUCGACGCCCGACAGCCCGGAUUCGUUUGAGAUUUUCAAGAUGGUGGUCAUGUCGGACACGUCCAGCCACGACGUCAAGGCCGGCACGAACAAUAACAACAACAACAACAACGAGAACCCAGAUGGCAACGACGGCGGCAGCAAGUUUGCCUACACCGAGCGGCAGCCCUCGCGCCAGCAGCAACAGCCCGGCGGCAGCACCAACAAGCGGUCCGACGACUCGUGGGAGGAAAUCGCCGACCAGGACGCCGACGUGUUCCAGACGUCCAAGGCGCAAUUCCAGGACCUGCACAACCGCCUGCAGGGCACCAACCACCAGCUGGCGUCCGUCUACCGCUCCGUCUCGCGCCACCACCAGAUGGACGAGCAGCGCCACGCCGAGGUCCAGGAGCAGUUCGCGGCGCUGCACUCGAGGCUGGCGCUGCUCGACCAGCUGGCCGCCUUCCAGCAGCGCAUCGUCGCCCUCGAGAACGAGGUGCGCAACAUGAACUCGGAGCUGCACCAGAAGCUCGCCGCCAACGAGAGGGCCGUGUACGGCGCCCUGCGCACGCACCACAUGUCGCUCACCCAGAGGGUCACCGAGAGCGUGCCCGGUCACGGCCGGCUCAUUGCCGUCAUUGUCGGGACGCAGGUGGUCUUGGUGGCGGCGUACGUCCUCUACAAGCGGCGCAAGGCGAAUUCGCCAAAGAAGUACCUCUAA